AUGUCCGCUGCCAGGGUGGGCGCGGCAUUGCGGGCUUUUUUGGAUUCGCCCGACGCUGCGCUGUGGCCGCGGACGGCGACGGCGGCUCGCAGUCUGCAGGGCGUCAUGCAGGAGGAGGGCGCCCUCGAUGCACCAGCCCCCGGUGGUCGCAGGGCGGUCCGGUUCACCCCGGCGGCCCGGCACAAGCUCCAAAUGAGGGUGUCGCACCAGAAGCGGGUGCGUGAGAAGCUGUCCGAGCGCUUGGAGGCUGAGACCGGACCUCGAGCUGGCCGCCGCGUCAAGGACAUGUGGAUUCUGAGGGCAGGGCUUUCGCCGCCCAACAUGCCCUUGCGCGACGUGGCGUCCUUCUGCUCUGACUUCACCGGCGUCGAGCAGCAGGCCAUCGGCGCGGGCUCCGUCCGCAAGGCGAAGGACGCCUUCGCCGAGCUGCUCAAGAUGAUGAACCGCGACCACAUCGGGAAGAUGGCCCAGUCCACCUCCGAAUGCACAGUGUACGUGUCGCACACGCAUGACGAGGCUUCUAUGAGGCUGCGGUCCUACAACGCAGCCUGCGCGCCAGACGGCGUGGCCGCCGUUCCGCCCUCUCGGCGUCGGGCUCGCGGGCGUGCAUCCAAAAUCCAGAAUAACUGCGUCACCGUGACGAUCGGCGGCGCCGCGCCCCCGCUGUACGUCGAGCUCCAGCCUCUGCAGAAGAAGGAUGCUCCCAGCAUUGCCUUCGCGCUGUGGCAAGUGAUCGACAUCAUCUUGAAGGCGGCGCGGGAAAAGUUGGGCGAAGAUGCAGAUAUCCACCUCGCACACUUGAUCACGGGGGACGCCGUUGCCACCAAUCUCGCAGCCUGCAAGAUACUCUGGAGGAAGGCUUCGAAGAAUCCCACUGGGGACCCCAUUUUGGUGGAGUUGUCUCGCGGCGACAUACAGGCUGCUGCGGGCCGUUCUUUCGUCGAGAUCUUGCCGUUCGUGCCGUAUGGCCCGUUGUUACCUCCGACGGCAGCCGUGACUGCGAUGCUUGGUACGUUGGGAAACAUCGUAGCCCGCCUUUCCGUGUACGAGCAGUACCCCACGGCUCUCUGGAAGUGUUCCAAACAAUUCAACAGGGCGGGCUGGGCUAAAGAAUGCGAGGGGUUCUUGGCAAUUCCCGAACAAUCAUUGGACGUUGGAUUCUCUCUUCAGCUUCAACGUCGGGCCCUGCGGACUGGCUCUGAGUCCGCGGCCGUAACCUUCCUGAUGGGGCCUUCCACGCAGGCCGACAUAGACGCCGUAUUGACACUGGGCCACGCCACCACUUUGAACGCGGAGAGAAAGCAUGUCCAAGACAAAAAGAGCGAAGCACCUCGAUUGUCCACGGUGCCCGCAGCCAGCCGCAACGGCAUUAUUCGUCGGCAUCUCAAGCACCGCCGAGAGCAGCAGAUCGCGGCGUCGGAGGCCCGGCAGAGCGCGACGGGGGCGCACACGAACCCUCGGGCAGUUACUUUGAGUCGGCGUCCAGAUUUCGUCACCGCGUCCGCCAAAGUGGCGAGGCCGCGUUUGGUCUAUGACGAGCCAGGGAUCCAGGCGUACAUCGAUGCCAACCGCGAGGACUUGGACCGAGUUGUGGCUGCGAAGCAGGCGGCGGCGAAGGCGGCGGCCAGGGCUGCGGCGUCGCAUUCCACGGGUGGCACCCCUGGAACUAAUGCACAAUGGAUGAAGUGGAUUGAGGAGAACCGCCCAACCUUUUUGGAUUUCUUCGAUAACGCGUCUGCGAGGCGCCGUGCCCUCGCUGCCAGGCUCGUUCCCGACGGCGAAUUCCCCGCAGCUCCGAGACUGCAGCCUGAGCGCGCCUCGCCCGACAUUCCUUGGCAGGACCGCUUGUGGUGUCAGGCGCCCGGGUGGUUUUGCGUCCGAGCUGGAGAGGCGCGCCACAUCUUCUUUCACAUUGCCAUCGGGCGGGAUUCGUGGGUUUUGCCGAUCUACGGCCAUCGUGCCAAGAGGACCCUGCGGUUAUCUGGUGCAUUCCACAAGCAGUUCGUGCGGUUGCGUGAUUUUUGCUUGAGGGACAGUGUCCCCGUGGAUCCCGACACCAUGGUUUACCACAUCGAUGUCCAAUGCUCCAACUUCAUUGUCGAAUCUGUCAAAGUGUCCGUGACGAAUUGGAAGCGCUUGGAAGUCGGGGGCCCUCCUGGUACAGCUGCUGCCAGCGGCUUUGAUGAGGGCGACGUGGACGAGGGCGAAGAGGCCGAGGGCGACGGGGACGAUGUCGCGGGCGGUUCUGACACUGAUGAGUCCAGCGUUCUGUCCCUCGCGAGCGCCGCUGACACAGUGGAAGAGGAUGGGGUGGCCGGCGCGGACGCUGUGGGGGCGCCCGAGGUUGCGGCGGCCGACGCCGAGGAGGCGGCACAGGACGAAGGGGGCGCUGCUCCGCGAGCCAAGACGGGGACUUGGAACGUGUGGCCACCGGAACGAAAUACGUACUUCUACCUGACAGACAACCCUGCUUGGCCCGACGUGAAAGUGACCGCGCAGACCCGAUGGACCAAAGGCGGGGGCCUAGCACCUGGCAGGCAAGGGACGUUCCUGGAUCACUGCAGCGGGCGCCGGCGUUUUUUCGAGAACGAAGCGGAAGCUUCGGGCAACGGGGGUGGCGCUGGCUCGGGGGCGGGAGCGUGGACCCCAGAUGGCCUCUUCAUCGCUGUCCAGGACGGUCUCCGGCUGGACCUGGCAGCAUUGGGGCACGGGGGGCGCACGGGCUGUGUCGACGCCGACACAUUGAUCUCGGGGUGGCUGCCAGAUGUGCUCCCGUAG